GCAAACUGUAAAUCAGCUGUCUCGAAAUUCUUUGUUUUCAUUUUAUUUUUUGCGCGAUAAAAGGGCUUUAAAUGUUUUUCCACUACAAGAUAAAAAGUUACGAGUGCGCACCGAGCAUUUAGUAGACGAACAUGGAGAGCUUGCAGGUGAACACGACCAGCGGACCGGUGCUCGGAAAACAAUGUACAGGUGUCUACGGCGAUGAGUACGUCAGCUUCGAGCGGAUUCCGUACGCGCAGCCGCCGGUGGGGCACCUCCGGUUCAUGGCCCCCCUGCCCGUGGAGCCCUGGAGCCAGCCCUUGGAUUGCACCAAGCCCGGCCAGAAGCCACUCCAAUUCAACCACUACUCCAAACAGCUGGAGGGCGUCGAGGAUUGCCUGUAUCUGAAUGUCUACGCCAAGGAGGUAUCACUGUGGGAUCGUUUAGUAUAGUUUCCUUGGUGGUAAAGCUGGACUCACCAAGGCCACUACCGCUGAUUGUGUUCUUUUUUGGCGGUGGUUUCGAAAAGGGCGACCCCACCAAGGAGCUGCAUAGUCCUGACUACUUCAUGAUGCGCGAUGUGGUCGUAGUCACAGUUUCCUAUCGCGUGGGUCCCCUUGGAUUCCUAAGCCUGAACGAUCCUGCCGUGGGAGUGCCCGGAAAUGCUGGUCUGAAGGAUCAGCUGCUGGCAAUGGAAUGGAUCAAGGAAAACGCAGAACGAUUUAAUGGCGAUCCCAAGAACGUGACCGCUUUUGGCGAAAGCGCCGGAGCCGCAUCAGUCCACUACUUGAUGCUGAAUCCCAAGGCUGAGGGUCUGUUCCACAAGGCCAUACUGCAAUCGGGCAAUGUACUCUGCUCCUGGGCCCUCUGUACCAUCAAGAAUCUACCGCAUCGGUUAGCUGUCAACCUGGGAAUGGAAAGUGCCGAGCACGUGACCGACGCCAUGGUCUUGGACUUCCUGCAAAAAUUGCCGGGAGAGAAACUGGUUCGACCAUAUCUACUUAGCGCAGAGGAGCACCUGGACGAUUGCGUCUUUCAGUUUGGACCUAUGGUGGAGCCAUAUAAAACGGAGCACUGCGCGCUGCCCAAUCAUCCGCAGGAACUGCUGGACAAGGCCUGGGGAAAUAGGAUUCCGGUACUGAUGAGCGGCACUUCCUUCGAGGGCUUGCUGAUGUACGCCCGCGUCCAAAUGGCUCCGUACUUGCUGACCAGCCUGAAAAAAGAACCCGAGCACAUGCUGCCACUGGAUGUGAAGCGUAAUCUGCCCCAGGCUCUAGCUCGACAUCUGGGCCAGCGACUCCAGGAGACCCACUUUGGCGGUAAUGAUCCUUCUGCCAUGUCGCCAGAGUCCUUAAAAGCGUACUGUGAGUACGCCAGCUAUAAAGUGUUUUGGCAUCCCAUUCUUAAAACGCUGAGAUCCCGUGUAAAGAGCUCCAGUGCUUCCACAUACCUCUAUCGAUUCGAUUUUGACUCUCCCACGUUCAAUCACCAGCGUUUGAAGUACUGCGGUGACAAGUUGCGGGGCGUAGCCCACGUCGAUGAUCACUCCUACCUGUGGUACGGCGACUUCUCCUGGAAGCUGGACAAGCACACGCCCGAGUUCCUCACCAUCGAGAGGAUGAUUGACAUGUUGACAAGCUUCGCGAGGACAUCGAAUCCUAAUUGCAAGCUCAUCCAGGAUCAGCUUCCGCGAGCCAAAGAAUGGAAGCCACUCAACAGCAAAUCCGCUUUGGAGUGCCUCAACAUCUCGGAGAACAUUAAGAUGAUGGAGCUGCCGGAGCUGCAGAAGCUUAGGGUCUGGGAAAGUGUCUGCCAAUCAACGGGCUAGUCAAGGGUAUUAAGUCUCCUAACAAUAUUGGUAGCUGAAAUCAAACAAGUGAUUAAACAUUUUACAAAUCU